UUAACUACUGCAAUGUGAAUGAGAGUACCGAGCUAUACUUGCUAAAAGGCAGGCUAGGUGGCGCUGUUAAAAAAAGCUGACUAGUUACAUCAACCACCCACAAGAUGGCGUGAAAUGCAAUGUAAAUAAAUAAAUCAAACCACGUGGAAAGUUCUCCGCAGGUUUGCGCAGGGAACUAACAGAAGGAAAGGAACAGUGGGAAAAUCGUGUGCAGAGCCGAGACCGCUAUGCCUCAGUGCUACCUUGAGCGUCGGAACGAAACGGUCUGGCGCGCGUUCGCCCCGUUUUCGAAUCUUCGGUCAAGUUUCGUAUGUGUAAUUAAUAACUAAAUCAGUUUUGUUCGCUGUGACUUGGUAAUAGUGUUUGAAAUAGUGAUCAGUAUGGAUGAUUGGAAGUUUAAAAAAGUUUAGCUUGUAUUAAUGACUCAGAUGUUGUGUGUUUAAUGCUUAGGAACCAACCAGUGAAUAAGAUGGCAUCACACAUGGAACGUUUUUAAACGCCAACCAUGUCGGAAGCGUCGCUCGACGGGCGCUCGCGCAGCCUCGCGCGGCGCGCGACGUCCGCCUGCGCGCGCGCCGCGUGCUCGCAGCUGGGGCUGGUGGCGCUGGUGACGCUGUACGUGGUGCUGGGCGCGUUGCUGUUUGAGUACCUGGAAUCCGGCCCGGAGGUGCAGCCGCGGUCCGCUAUACAGCGGUCGAGGGAGGAGUGCUUGAAGGAGCUUUGGGCUAUCACAGAACGCCUCAACGUCCUCUACGAGCGCAACUGGACCCGGCUGGUCCACGAGCAGCUCCGCAAGUUCGAGUCAUCCAUCGUGGCGGCGGCACGACAGGCGCCUGACGUACAGCCUCAGGAGUUGGCGCUCGACACCAAGUGGACGUUCUCUGGCGCACUCAUAUACUGCAUCACAUUGAUUACAACUAUAGGUUACGGUAAUGUGUCACCCCGCACGGCGGCCGGCAGGGCAGCUACCGUGGCGUACGCGGCUGCCGGUGUGCCGUUGACUCUGGCGUGCUUGGCGGGGUUGGGCGCGUCGCUGGCACGGCUGGCAAGGGCUGGCUGGCUGAGUGCUACAAAGAAGAAGGUGCCGAAUACGUGGAGAAAAGAAGGAGAGAUGGAGAACCACUUCCAACUCCACGAACAGCAACGGUUACUACCGCAACCUGCCGAGAACAACCAGUACACGUCGUUCCCAACGCGGCGGCCUGGAACUGUCCGGGCCAGAGCUGGAGAGAGGGGACAGUACUCCCAGGUGUUCGAGAGAGCGCCGCCCAGCCCUAAGUCUGCUACGCUGGGUCGCGUCAAGCGCAGUGCCUUGGCUGAUGAACCUCACACAUCAUCAGCACUACAAACCCAAACGCUAGACCGCAAACGGACUAUGGGCAACAUGAAGUGCCUGGCCACCGUCCACGGGCACAGUCCAGGGCGAGGCCGGGGUCGGACUAUCCAGAGGCCGAGAGGGGCCGUCAUUGAACAGCUGAUAGCUGAGGAGUGUGGGGAUCUGCCGAUGAACAGGAGCCAGGAAGAUUUGGAGGACUCGGAAGAUCCUGAUGAAUCAAUAUGCCCCCACGACACCCCAUCACGAGUGCCUUUGAUCUGGAAGGACGACAAAUCCAAAAGCUGCGCCGUCCCAAGCAGCAGCGCCAGCGGUCAGCACAUCAACCACGGGAUCGAGCACUGCCACGUCCCCGUCAGCAUCGUGCUCUUCCUCCUUCUAGCAUACAUCUGUGUUGGGGCCGCCAUCUUCUCCGCUUGGGAAAACUGGAGCUUCCUCGACGCUGCUUACUUCUGCUUUAUAGCUCUAGCCACCAUCGGCUUCGGAGACUUCGUCCCAACAAGUUUCCUAACAGCCAAGCACACAACAGAAAAUUCAAAAAGCGAAUACAUACAGAUGAUCGCCUGCUGUGCGUAUCUGGUUUUUGGACUCAUACUUAUAGCGAUGUCUUUUAGUCUGCUUCAAGAUGAAGUUGUAGCUCGGUGUUCACAAAUAGCAAAUAGUCUAGGUUUGUCACGACAAUGACAGUACGAGAAGAGCGAUUGUAGCUCUACAGAUAACCAUCUUAGAAUGUUAUGAUCGUUCUUGUAAGGAGGAAUUAAGUUAGGGUCCAAAUUACAUAUAUUUACUUUCUUUAUUGGAUCCGUUUUCUGUACUGUUAUCAUUGAAUUGUAUGCGUAUUUAAAUUACAAUGAAAGGUAAAAUAUUUUUCUCAUAUCUGUCUACAUGUAACGCUGAAAUUAUUUAAAAAUUCGAAACUUUUUACGGAAUUUGUACUCAAAAAAUUAAAAAUGGUGUUGGUGGUGUAAAUAAUGUAAAAACUAUUUAUAAAAGCAAGGCUGAAAUUGUAAUGAAACAAUAAAAUUGUGUUGAACAGU